AGCGAUAAAUGUCACUUUAUACAUCUCUUCUCGAUGAUCCGGUAUAUGCUUUUAUACCACGGGUUACCAUACUCUCGCAUAGUUAUGCAUAUUAUAGGUGAACUGCAGUGAACUAUAGGUACAGUAAUAUCGAAAAACGCGCGCUUUUUCAGUGUAGUUUCCCGCCCCCUAAACUCUCGUUUUCAAAGUCAAGCGGAAGAGGCAUUACACGCGCACGGACAGGUGAAAAUAGUAUAGGUACAAUCUACCUGGCAGUAGCAGCUGCUGUCCUAGGACCGGGAAUAGCAUUUGGCAUCUUCCGAGAAACAAGAGUCAGAGGGAGCGAGAGCAAUUGCAGGAUCGGCCUAACCACCGCAUAAAGGACGCCGAGAGAAGUGGCGUUGUAAAAGCAGCCUAAAAUAAAAAGGCGCCACUGCCGCGCACACAUCAUCGCUCAGCUACACUGCAUUGCAUUCUCUCUCUUUCUCUACCGCCGCCGCAUCUGAAGAGAGACAGAGCUAGCGGCGCGUCUCUCCGAAAAAAUUGUGUCCGCGCAGAGAGCGUGCUGUGUGUGUCCGUCCGUACGUCCGUCGUCUCUCUCUACGCCCGGCAGAGCAGCUGCAGAUCAGCAUCAACAACAACGCGCGGCCUGCAGAGUACAGUAGUUAGUGCGCAUCCUCCUUCAGUUCGGUUUGUUGUAUACACACACAUCGCGUCAGGAUGUCUUCCAAGAGGAAACCCGCGAGCAAGAGCAAAGCCAAGAGCAAGUCGCGCAAGGUCGAGUACGACGAGGAGGACAUCUCGAGCGAGCACGACUCCGAAGUCGAGGAUGCCGAGCACCAGGAGAACGCCGACGGUGAGGACGCCGCCGAGGACGAUCUCGCCGACCUCGCCAGCAUUCCCGAGCUUCCCGCGCCAGAGGGAGGAUGGGGCAAGGCUGGAACAUUGCUGAUGUGUGGCCUGACCAACUGGGACAUAGCCGGGCGAAAGGCGCCACCAAAAGGAGCAAAGGCUAACAUUGGUCGUAGUUUAUGGACUCCUCACACUUUUAAGAAUUUGAACGGAGCAAGAGUAAGAUUGGUAGCCUCAGGACCUGCUGCAUCUCACAGUGUGAUUGUUACUGAAGAUAAUAGAUGCUUAGUAUUUGGUAGAAAUGAUAAAGGUCAAUUGGGACUUGGUGACACAAAACGUCGAGAUGAUCCCACUGAAGUAGAAGCAUUGAAAGGACAUACAGUUAUAGGAGCAGCUUGUGGACGUAACCAUACGCUGUUUCUCACUAGUCGUGGUAUCGUAUAUGGUGCUGGGGCUAACAAUUUGGGCCAGUGCGGAGUUGGAAAGACAGAUGCUAUGAUUAUUACUGCAACCAAGGUUAAAUACAGUGGCCCCCCUAUUGUAAAAGUUGGAUGUGGGGCUGACUUCUCCAUGAUCUUAGAUGUCAAAGGUGGAUUACACUCCUUUGGAACACCAGAAUAUGGUGUACUGGGUCACAAUACGGAUGGAAAAUAUUUUGUAACCAGUACAAAAUUGGCUUUUCAUUUUGAAAAAGCGCCAAAGCGAAUCGUCAUCUAUGUCGAGCGAACCAAGGAUGGCCACAUCACGCCUCUGGAUGGCGUAGAGAUCACAGAUUUCAGUUGCGGGUAUCAGCAUGUGGUGGCUAUCGACAGCAAAAAUCGCUCCUUCUCUUGGGGUUUCGGCGGCUUUGGUCGUCUCGGUCACAACGAACAGCGCGACGAGCUCGUGCCUAGGCUCAUCAAGUAUUUGGAGCCACCGAAUCGAGGUGCUAAAGCCGUCUUCUGUGGCAGCACCUUCAGUUUGGUCUUGAAUGUGCACGGUACUAUGCUGUUGUUCGGACAGGCGAAACGUACCGGCGAGGCCAACAUGUAUCCAAAGCCCAUCCAAGACUUGUCUGGAUGGGAUAUAAGAUGUGUGGCUUGUUCGCAGACCAGCGUCGUUGUUGGAGCUGACGAAUCGGUAAUAGCUUGGGGAUGCAGUCCUACAUUCGGUGAAUUGGGUUUUGGUGAGAUGCGGAAAUCCUCCACUACACCAAUGGAAGUAAAGGCCUUGGAAGGUUUGUACAUCACAGCUGUCACGUGUGGACUCUCUCAUACCUUAAUGAUCUGUCGAGAUGAAUCUGAAGAAGAGAAGGCUAAGAUUGAAAAACUUCAAUCAUAUUCUGUUUAAUGUGACAAAACAACGAAAAAGCAUUGCAUUGAAAUAAUUAUACUUUCCAAUUUUGUAUACUGUUCAAUGAGGAAUUGAUUGAUCCGAGCAGGAAUUCUCUUUUAAGCUGCAAAGAAUAAACGAUGGAGGGUAUUAUUUUAUUUAUGUUUUUUUUUAUGAGGAGAGAAUUAGAUAAUUUUUCUUAUGCCUGAUUCUCUACUUCUCCAUAGAUCUCAAAAUUGAUUUGGCGUACAGAUGAUGCUCUCGCUUUUAAUUUUUAACUUUGAAAUUGUAUGUUAUUACUAGAAUGUUUUAAUCAUCAAAGCACUUUCCAUUAACUCUUUUUUAAUCAAUCGUUUUCCGUAGAACUUGACAUUAUUGUUAGGGUCUGAACAUCUUAAUUAUUUACUGUUCACUUUUUAUAAAACGUCCAUGGACUUACUACUUCUCCACUUGUACUUCCACUUUACAUACUUAAAAAUUGCGCGGAGAAACUUUGAUUAUCGGAAAAGGCCGUUAUUUUAUUAAUAGCUCAAGAUAUAGACAAACAAAUAGAGGCAAACAUAUAUUUUGAUACGUUGCUAUUUUAUUAAGAUUCGCUGCAACAUUAUACCAGACAAGUGUACGGCAAAAUGUGCUGGAUACUGAUUUCGCAUUUUAUAUUUUUCAAUCUUGAAUUAAUUGAAAGAAUAUUUGAUCAUUUCAAAUAUUUUUACUUAUUAUUUAAAUGGAUGUAUCACAAUUUUAUAAAUAUAGUCAUGAAAGUGUAUUGUAAAUAGAAAAGAAAUAGAACAAUACUUUGUGUUAAAAUAUUACAAACAGAUUGUUGAACUGUUUGUAACGUCACAGCAAAAUAUUGUUUUAAACUAUUUACUUUUCACGUUAUAACUAUAUCUGUACAUUUGUUGCCACAUUAAGUAGAAAAGUAAAACAGUAAAUGUAAAGCUAGAAUGGAAAAUGUCGAGUGUAUUUAUAAUGUUAUUUUGACAAGUGAAGAAAUAGUCCAGAACUGAUCACUAGUCAAAAUAUUAAUGUAAAUAUUGUAAUCAUUUUUCAAGCAUUAUGCAACGUGUAUAUUUGAUAGACUUCUCAACUGUAAAUUUCCUGUGAUGAUAAAAUUUAAACUGAUUGGUAAUAAGACUUAAAAUAUUUAUAAUUAAUAAAAUAAGUCAAUUUAUAUUUAAAUAAUCUAAGAUAAAACCCAGCAUAGCUUGAUCGUACCUUGCAAGUAAAUAUUAACAUAGAAUGUUUUCCUUCACAUACAUAUUAUAUUAAUAACUACAGAGCAUGAACUUUUUAGUAAAGCAUUUAUUGUUGCCUAUUAUAUUAUUAUACAGGGCAGGAUAAAAUUUACCAACUUUGGGGAAUAAAGUCUGAAAGUGUUUUAGAUAAUGGCCAUAGCUAACUGUACUAUUGUAACUCCGUGGUCAACGCAUACGUGCAGUAUCUGAUGCAAAUGUUAUACAUUUUUCAAUCGCGUUUUCACUUUGGAAAACAAAUUUACAUGUGGUAUCCGUGCUCGAGUUGCGAUUACUCGAACAGUCUUCGAUAUAAUAAUUGUAAGAGAUCAACAUUUUUUUCUUAAUUUUGUGAUCAAGGAUUUUACACAAAUUUAACACUGUACACUUAUACUGCUGAGAUGUACUGCGAACGUCUUUUGCAUUGUGAUGUUCUUACAUUUGUUCAUUCCAAUAACUGCUCAUAUUGAGUGCUAUUAUUGCGCUCGGAAUAUUUCCAAUUGAAAUACUAUGUGACAAAUGUAUGAGACUCAUUAAUAAUUACAAAAUAAAAGAAUUUUCUACAAAUUCAUGCACUUUAUACAGAUAA